AUGGGUAAAACUGUUAAUAUAUUUCUCUGGGGCAUCUUGGCAGCGUCAGCAACUUGGAGUGUUUCGUUGUACCUCUACUGGUUGCUCAGUGUGAGCGGUUCUAAUAAAAUACAAAAUGCAGAACACAGAAUACAAUAUCAUUUAGUAAACUCAGAAGAAAAAUAUAGAUUGAAAAAUAAUGAUAAGUCUAUAGUUGGUUUAGAAGGAAAUAAUCUUUUGUACGAUAACUUAAAAGCAAAUUCUAAAUAUUCAAGUAGGCUGUGGAAAAAUAAUAGAGAUCAUUCCGAGUACUUGAGAAAAAUGAUGCUCAAAGAGAUGUUUUCCCGGCAGUUUGGUCAGAAACCCCUUAAAUUGGAUAAAAGUCUGGAAAAUCAAAAUGGGUUAAUACGCAAUGCAGAAGAUGUAAGGAUAAGAGAAAAGGGGUACAUCUUACAUGCAUUUAAUACACUCAUCUCUCAGAGAAUUGGAAAUCAUAGACAGUUACCUGAUACAAGACAUAAACUGUGUAAAUCCAUGCAAUAUCCAGAGAGGCUACCUAAAGCAUCAAUAAUAAUUUGCUUUUACAAUGAGCAUUUUGAGACUCUCAUGAGGUCCAUACAUUCAAUAUUAGAUCGUACAGAACAAAGAUACUUAAAAGAGAUAGUAUUGAUUGAUGACUUUAGUGACAUAGAAAAUUUACAUACCAAUAUCCAAACAGCAGUUGAUAAGUUGAAUAAUAGAAUGAGAAAAGAGGAAGAAAUGAUUGAAACUAACAAUAUAGAUGUUGAAAAUAUUGUUGAUUAUAUUAAUGAUGAUAAUGGUGAGUUAAAAAAGACCACAGACCGUCAAGCAGGAAAAUUGUCUAAAAGUGGCUUAAAUAUUAGGCUAUUGAAAACUAGUAAGAGAGAGGGGUUGAUAAGAGCAAGGUUGUAUGGAGCAGAUAAUAGUGUAGGAGAGGUACUUAUAUUCCUGGAUUCCCAUAUUGAGGUGAAUGAGAAUUGGCUACCCCCAUUGCUGUCACAAAUAUCCCAAGGAGUGAAUGGAGUCGAGACACGCUAUUCAUCAAAAGUUGUAGCUCCAAUGAUAGAUGUUAUUAAUGCAGACACAUUUGAUUAUACUGCAAGUCCAUUAGUUCGUGGUGGCUUUAAUUGGGGUCUGCACUAUAAAUGGGACAAUGUACCUAAAAGUAUCCUUAAAGAUGAUGCAGAUUUUGUAAAACCAAUUAAGUCGCCGACUAUAGCCGGUGGUCUCUUCGCUAUAUAUAGGGAAUAUUUCAAUAAAAUUGGUAAAUAUGAUUCCGGAAUGAACCUGUGGGGUGGAGAAAAUCUGGAAAUCUCGUUUAGGAUAUGGAUGUGUGGUGGGAAAUUGGAAUUAAUACCUUGCAGUCGUGUGGGUCACGUGUUCAGGAAACGUAGGCCGUAUGGCCUUGGUAAUAAAGAGGACUUUAUGCUACAUAAUUCUAUGCGAAUGGCGCGUGUGUGGAUGGACGAAUACGUUAAUAAAGUGAUUGAACACAACCCAGCAGCUGCUCACGUCGCCAUAGGUGAUAUUUCUGAACGUCAAAAACUUCGCCAGGACCUGAAAUGCAAGUCCUUCAAGUGGUAUCUUGAGAAUGUUUACCCAGAACUGGAGGGUGGGGAAGAUUCAAUAGCUAAGAAAAGGAUUCAAGCCCUCAAUGAUCCAGACAAGAACAAAUUUCAGCCGUGGCAUUCUAGAAAACGAAAUUACACUGAUUCUUAUCAAAUAAGAUUGAAGAACACGAGCCUUUGUAUACAAAGUGCGAAGGACAUCAAGACUAAAGGUAGUGGGCUCGUACUAGUGAACUGUAUUAGGAGUCUUAAUCAGGUUUGGUUUGAAACGGAUCGAAGUGAACUAGUAUUAGCACGUACACUGUGUCUCGAUGCUGUUAAUAAUGUAUCACCGUUACUUGGAAAGUGUCAUGAGCUGGGAAGUACACAGGAGUGGAAGCAUAAGGGUUCGGCUGGGAGCCCAAUUUAUAACGCAGCAGCUGGAAUGUGUUUGGGAGUCGAUCGCGCCUACCGGAAUGAACCUAUUUUGAUGGUAAUUUGCAACAACGAAUCGAAAAAUCAAUGGGAUUUUAUUAGAUCGUAA